ACCUUUUGAAUAUUAACUAUUUUGAUGUUCUGGGCAACCAAUGGACCAUCGGAAAAGGCCGGGCAUGCUAAUGUCAAAUUGACAGCUGCGGAAUUGGAAUUCAGCAACAGCAUUGAGCCAGCAGGAGGAAUGGGUUCGGUUCUGGCUACAAUGUUGCGCAGCUGUAACCUAACCCUUGCUGUCGCUACUUCACUUUAAACAUGAAUAUCAAAGACUGAAGUAACUUUGAAAUUAAAGAAUAUAUGCAGAACAUUUAGCCGUACUUGGAUACUAAAUAGGAAGGAACCGCUGAGAAACGAUCGAAGAAGAGUCAAAGAGCAAGGAGAACGAUGUACCGAGCGUUUUCUUUCCCAAUGACAGCGGAGCGCAGACGGAAUAAGGAGCGCAUUGAGGCGAGUUUGGCCGGUAUAUGUGAGUUGGAGCUGCUGAAACAGAGCCAGGAAUGCCUAGUGCUCAGCGCCCUCUCCAUCGGGGACUCUGUCCCAGGACGCCCGGCAUGGGGCAACCUCCAGCCGACCCGACCUUCUCCCGACACAGCCAACUGUGCGCUGGAGGACUUGAGUUAUAGGCGCCAGCCGAGCAGUCUACAGUGUAGUCCGUGGGGUCUGAUGGCAUCUCUGGAGCAGCAGGUUGGAGAGCUGAGGGUUAAUACAGCGGAUAACGCAGUGGAGCCCCCGACUGACGUGGUGGACAAUCGGCCCCGCUCAGGAUUCUAUGAGCUGAGUGAGCGCCUGUCUCCUAUGGGUCUGUCUGAUUCCUCUGGGUUUGGAGAGCUCUCCCCCAGCACUGCCCGAGCCAUCCGCAUGGUCUACGCCAACGACAGGCCCAAAUCAGCCGGGGAAUUCUUUGUGGCCAAUCGGGACAGACAGCCAGAUUCCGGGUCCCGCCCCACAGUCCCCCGCUCGUUCUCAGCCCCCUACCCCUCCCUGGAGGGCAUCGCCGAAGGGGCUAGCGAAGGGGAGGGGGAAGACGAGGCCUGGCCCUGGGACACCAGCGAGGGGCCAGGAGGAGUGCUGGAGCAGGGAGGAGAUACGGUGGAGGGGGAGCCCACAGAGGAGGACUACCGUCAGGCCCAGCGUGUGGAGACUUACAUCCUAGGUUUGAUCCAGCGCCGUGCUCUGCCCCUCCGGCCCUGCAAGCCCCGCACCAGCCUGGGUCUGCACGAGGCCCGAACCGCCAUCACCGUGGCCCGCCAAAGCAGCGUUUGCCGCAAGGAACCCGAUCCUCCGCCAGCCACUGACUCCAUCUCUGACAAUCACCCCCACUCCAAUCCCCACCACGCCACUGCUGCGGUUUCCCCCAGCAGUUACGAGCGUCCCCCUCCACCCUGGGCCUGCCGCAGCCUGGACCAGGAGCCUUAUGCAGUCAUGGCCCUGCUCCCUGACCCCCCUCACCACCACCACCAACACCCCCACCCCCACCCUCACUACCCCCAAUCCAGGCAGCCCCCCCUGGCCAACACCUGCUCUGCCUCCCUGGACUACCCCUGUGGUGAAGCUCCAUCCCAGGACCCUAGCAGCAGCGAGCCCGACUCACCCCAGCACUUCCACAAUGGCUACCCGGCACUGCCCCCAUCGCGCUUGCCUCCCCCGCCUGACGAGCAGUUGGUCAACGCCCAGUAUAUCCCUGCCCAACCCUUCCGGUCCACCACCGCCAGGGCCUCUGCACACUCCCACAAGGGGCCCAAACCCAGCCGGGGCACCUAUUAUCCAGAGAGAGGCUCCCAACAGCAGCCGGCCCCACAGCAGCUGCAGCAGGCCAAGUCUAGAGCCGCUGCCAAGAAGUGUCGCUUCAGCGAAGAGAGGGAGAGGGAAAGGGAGAAGGAGAGAGAGAAAGAAAGGAACAGGGAGAGAGAGAGGGACAGGGAGCGAGAGAUGGAGCGGCCGGGAGGCUCCAAGAAGCCAGGAAGACGGGCCUGCAGGUCCCAGUCAGAGAACAGCCUCAAUGGGCAGAGGGGGGUCCCUGAACGCAAGUACAACACGGUGGAGAGAGACGGGGGAGGUUCAGGGAGCAGCCGCGGGAGCCAGUCCAAGGGGAAGAGGCCCCAGCCGGGCAGUGCCGGCUACCGCCGCUGGCGCUCCACCCUGGAUCUCAGCCAGGACGAAGCCGAGCAGCCUCCACAGCCAACCCCAAUGCCCCCAGCCGACCAUGGCUCCAGGCGCAUCCGCAAACCCCGGCCCCCACCUUACACCUAUGUCAACCCCCUGCCCAAUCAUCAUCCCCACCACCCCAAUCUGGAGUACCUGGACCGGGAUCGUGCGUACCUGUGUCGGCCCGAGGUGGGCUACACGCACCCGGGGCAGGGUGAGUCUGAGUCGAGUCUGAGUGAAGCCGACACGCCAGCUUCCAGCUCGCUGUCCAGCGAUUCAGACGAAAGCGGGGGUCUGGUGUGGCCCCAGCAGCUGCCCCCUCAGCUCUCCUCCCCCCCGUUGCCCUCCGCCCCGGCUGGGGUCCCCCUGCAGCCCAAAGCCUUCAUCAAGAUCAAGGCCUCACAUGCGCUCAAAAAGAAGAUCCUGCGCUUCCGCACGGGCUCCCUCAAAAUCAUGACCACCGUUUAGAGCGCUACCCUGCACCCGUGUGGAGAAUCAACAGUGGGGAUUAAGACACUUUAGUGACACUCGCCAUACAUGGUUUCCUUUGAGGAGUAGCACUGUCAUUUUUGGAGAGCAGCGGAUAUAUAAGACAGCAAACAUAACUCAGUGCACUGCCUAACUGUACAUGCAUACAUCGAUUAUUUAGCUUUCAGUGCAGCCUUCACAGGCCUCAGAUCUGCCAACAACUCUCCUGAACACAGAGCUGAGCCUGAGCUCUAAACUCUGAUCUCUGAUCGGUGCAGCUUUCUGCUGUUGCCUGAGCCCAGCCAGUUGAGGUCUGAGAUAAUAUGAUUUGUGGCUUGAUUUGAUGCUAGUGGUCAUUUGAGUGGCUGAAGUGAACACAAAACAGAGAGUACUGUGAGCAUGAUAUGAGCCCUGUGAUGUAACCUCUGUGUCUCAGCAUCAACGUAUCUGUAGCCUAGGUUGCAUUCCAGGCUGACUACAUGGCAGACAUUGCAUUGCAUCAACCAAUGGAUACAUGCCAUGUCAUCAACUGCAUAACGCAGUCAGGCAUCAGAUUGCUAAAUCAUAACAUAUGGUUAGCUGAUAUGUUACACACCUACAGUAUCCAGGUGAGGUGUUGUGAGAUCCGGCACAUGUCUGCAAUGUAGCCUGGAAAGCGGCCCUCCUCUACACAUGUUCACCUGUGUGGCGUGGCGGACACACUUCUGUAUUUAUGAAUGUAGUCUGUAAAUAAAAUGAGCUGGGACCAUGGAACCUUUAGGGACCACAGCGGUCUUGUCUCUCGACCAUC